AUGUCCGAGGGUAUAGUUCAGGAAUUUUUAGCACAAGGUUUGCUCGCAACGUCGCUAUCUUGGCCGCACUUUCAGGCGUUGGUUACUGAGGCGAACGAAAAGCUAUCCAGUCAUCAGAUAGCUUACGUGUACCAGCAGCUGAAAAUCAAAGAGGAGGAAUUUGUCAAAAGAAGUCAAAGCAGAAUCCAAGAGCAUCUAAUUAAGAUUAGAUCCAACGCGAGAGAUAAUUUGGAAGCUACGCAAUUGAAGAGUACAGUAUCAGUUGAGGAUUUGGUGAACACCCUAUACUCGGCGCACCAGUUAUUUGACGAUAGAACGACUCAACUAAACUCUGAUAUUAAUGCUUAUACACAGAAACUCCGGAUCAUUGAAGAAGAGAUGAGACCUCUGAAAGAUGCAGCAAACAUUCAGUCUAUUCAGAAUAGACUAGAAAACUUAGUCGAGCAUGCUAAGAAAGCACAAUCCUAG